AUGUGUGCCUCCAGUCAAGCUCUCCUGCUGCUGCCCCUCUUACUGGGGGUGCUGAUCAGGCCCCUCACAGGGAGCAACGUCUUCACUUCUUCCUCUUUUCUGCGUGUUGUUGAAAUAGAUACAUCAGUGUGUGGACGCUCCCAAAGAAGAAGCCGAAUCGUCUCAGGGCAGGAUGCCCAGCUGGGGCAGUGGCCAUGGCAAGUCAGUCUUCUGGAGAAUGAAGCACCUGUGUGUGGUGGCUCACUCAUUUCUUCAGAUUGGGUGCUAACAGCUGCCCACUGUUUAGAUACGUCUCUGGCUCCCUCAGAUUACUCGGUAGUACUGGGCUCAAUCUCACCCUACCCAGUCAAUGCUGAUGCACAGAUUCGAAAAGUGGUCCAGUUCAAACGACAUCCCUAUUACCAAAAAGAAUUUGGACCUGGGGACAUUGCUUUGGUUCAAAUGGACUCAUCAGUCAACUUCAACAACUACAUACUCCCCAUCUGCCUCCCAGACAGUGCAGACCAACCAGUGGAAGGGACUCUGUGCUGGGUGACUGGCUGGGGACAGACUGGGGAAGAAGAACUCCUCCCUUCACCUUACACCCUGCAAGAAUUGGAGGUGCCCCUCAUUAGCACCGAAGUCUGUGAUGACUACUACCACAUAGGAUCAGAAACCUCUGCCUCUGAGCCCAUCAUCCUGUCUGACAUGUUUUGUGCUGGCUUCCCUGAGGGCCAGAAGGAUUCCUGCUUGGGUGACUCUGGAGGACCACUGGUGUGCAAUGUCAAUGAAGUCUGGUUCCAAGUUGGCAUUGUAAGCUGGGGAGAAGGCUGUGCCCGCCCCAAUAGGCCCGGAGUCUACACCAACGUCAGUGUCUACAAAAGCUGGAUCCUAGGCCUAGAAGAUGCUGCUGAACCCACCAGGCUGUUCCUCCCUCUUCUGCUGCUACCGGUUCUAACUUUAUUGGGGAAGCCCUCCCUUGCCUUGGAGAUGUGCUAA